AAAUCUGACACCGAAUUCAAUUGUAAAGUUUGUAAAGAAAACCUGUCCACAAACAGUAAAUAUUGUAUGAACAAGUAUUACUUAUUGCUAUUUUAAAUAUAUAGUAUUUGCAACUAUUGAUUGAGAAUGGUAAACAACGAAAAGAUGCCUUCAUCCUUCUUCAACACAACAUUUGACGACUAUAACACUAGUGCAAUGGACUAUAACCCUAAUGCAACGGGCUAUCCAUUCAAUACAACGUCUCAAUACGCAAGAAUGGCUGUGUUGUCGGUUUUGUUUAUUGUUUCAAACAUCGGUAAUAUUGCCACCAUAGUCGUUACCACUCGAUAUCGUCAUCGAAAAUCUGCCAUGAUGACGCUUAUCAAACACCUGGCAAUCGCAGAUCUCCUCAUCACAUAUAUAUUGAUCAUACCCUUUAUAGUGUGGAUCGGCACGAUUAAAUGGGUGGGUGGUGACGUAUACUGUCGGUUGUUCCGUUUCUCGUGGACGUUCGGUCUUUACCUAUCAUCUUUCAUCACCGUAGCCAUCAGUUUAGACCGCUGUUUUGCAAUAAUUUUUCCUAUUUCACACAACCAGGGGAUCUGUGGUUCGAAUCGUGUUAAAACUAUGAUUGUUAUAUCAUACGCUGCCAGCAUAAUCUUGAGCAUUCCACAGGUGUUUAUAUUUCGAACUGUGAAAUUUGCGCCUGACUUUGAACAAUGCACUGACGCUAUACCUUUCGAGUACAUCAGAGUAUAUUCCAUAUUUGUGCUUUGUAUCCAGUUUUUCAUUCCGUUGCUGAUCAUCUGUUCUUCUUACCUGGCCAUAUUACUAAAGAUAUAUGAUAUAUCCACCCAAACUG